AUUUUUGAGCCGAAGGAUAUCACCUUGCUUACCUCAUGCACAGCAUUCCUUAAUGACACUUGUAUCAAUGAGUGCGCCGUUUUGCUAUUUUCUGAACUGAAAAGUGUCGCCACUAGUCAUUGCGCUUUGUUAACAACCCACGACCUCCCUCGCAUUCAAUAUAAUGCAUCAGAUGACAUUCUGUGGCGUAAUGUAUCAUACACGCGUUACUGGGAGAAAGAUGUCUGGAUUCUUCCUAUCCAUCGUCCCUCCAAUAUUGGCCAUUGGGUGCUGUGCAUUAUUUGCUUCUCCAGCAAAGAAUUGCACCUCUUUGAUAGUCUGGCUAAGAAAAAACCUUGGAAAACCGAUGUUAAGGAUGUCAUGAAGCUGAUUGCUCAUCUUUUUGCUAUUGCACGCCAACGGCAUCAUCACAUCACAACUGAACUUGACGGAUGGACAGCACAACCAUUGAAAAUCACGCCUGUCCAGACCAAUGGUUAUGACUGUGGAGUAUGGGUAUUGGCAGCAAUUGCUGCUGUCUUACGAGGACGUCAUGUAACAGGACUCUGUGAGGAUGAUAUGCACCACCUGCGGCAUUAUCUACGAGCUCUCAUUCUUUCUGUACCGUGCUUCUAG